UCUGAUACGUUGAAUCUAUUCCAUAAGCCUUAAGUCGUUGAUAUCCUCGCUUAUUUUUCUUUGAUUGUAAUGGUGGGACUCCAGAAGCCCCAUGUGGUGGUGCUAGCAUUUCCUGCACUAGGUCACUCCAUCCCUCUGCUCGACCUCUCAAGGCUCGUGGCAUCCCAAGGUCUGACCGUCAGUUAUGUCACUACGCCAGCCAAUGUAUCCCGUUUUCAAGGCUUCGUUGUCCAAGCUGUAAACAACGGUAUCGAUCUGCGUUUGGUAGUGCUUCCCACGCCACCUGUGGAAGGCCUACCGGAGGGGCGAGAGAGUAUUGACCUUCUUCCCAAGGCUUCUCAUGGCCUUAUAUUUGCACUGGCGAGCAAACUUCAAAAGCCCUUCAAUGCUUGGAUGGAGUGCCAGUUUGAACAACAGGGAGCAUCAGCUCCAGUCUGUAUUGUGUACGAUACGUUCAUGGGAUGGGGGAGAGAGAGCGCCCAAAAGUUCAAGAUUUGUUGCAUGGAAUUUAAUGUGUCCGGGGCGUUUGGGGUGAGCAUGCUGAUCUCGACCUCCCGUUCGGUUGUUACGAUGGAGAAGGAAGAGAAACAAGGGAAGGAGUGUGUUGUGUUGAGCUUGGACCUGCCGUGGCCUCAUAGAUUUGAGAGGGACGAAAUAGCCCAAGAUUUUUUCAACAUUGAAGACCCCACCUUGGAUAUUGUACUGAAGAUUUUACAGUCCAUCAGUACAGGCUCCUCGGGAUUAAUAUUCAAUACUUUCGAGGAGCUGGAGCCUGCUUAUGUGCAGCACCUGAGAAACCUGACGGGCAAGCCAGUGUGGGCCAUAGGCCCCAUGCUUCCGCCGAAUUAUUUCAAUGGAGCGGUAUGCGUGCGAGGGAAAAAGGCGGACGUUGCGGUGGAUGAGCUCGUCCAGUGGCUAGACUCUCAGAGCGAAAGCUCUGUCGUGUACGUUUCAUUCGGAAGCCAGAUAUUCUUCACAGAGCAGCAAAUAAAAGCUUUGGCAAGAGGCCUGGAAGCUAGCCUGCAGCCUUUCAUUUGGGCUAUCAAGGUGACACCAAGCAUCGAAACCGCCACGUCAUGCAACGCAGAUCUCGCGAGAGAGUAUCUUCCUGAGGGCUUUCUGGAGCGAACAAAGGAUAGAGGUGUGAUCAUAUGGGGAUGGGCGCCGCAGCUUUUGAUUCUUUCCCAUCCUUCCGUAGGCGCCCUCAUGAGCCACUGCGGGUGGAACUCUACGCUUGAGAGCAUAACUCUUGGAGUACCCACAGUUGGAUGGCCUAUGUUUGGGGAUCAGUUUUUUAAUCUACGUCUGUUGGCAGAAUUGGGUAUGGGGAUUCAGUUCUGUGAACAUAUCCCUGGGAUUCCAGAAGAAGAAAAAGUGAAGGAGGUGUUACGACUAGUGCUUUGUGACGUUAAAGGGAACGAGAUGCGAGCAAGAGGGCAGAAGCUCAAGAAGAUGGCAAGAAAAGCUGUUGAAGAGGGAGGGUCUUCGAAAGCAGAUGUCCAGGCGUUUGCGAGUGAGAUGCACAAGCUACUGAAGAUGAGACAAGAAGGAUAAACUCUUUUUUACUUGGAAUUGAUACAGAAGAUGGUUUGUGUGAUUUAGCCUAAGAAUAUGUUUUAGCUUAAGAAUAUGUUCUAAGCACUUAUUGUUUCUGUGAGCUUAGUAUAUGAGUAAAUUCUCCUAGAAGAGUGUUUCUUGAGUUUAGUAUAUGAUUAAAUUCUCCUAGAAGUUUGAGAAAAUGAAAAACUCAUUGUUUGGUUGUCAUUUAUGAAAACUUAAUACUCAAUAAUUGUUGACAUUGUCA